GGCACCACACUGUGUCCUGGAAGCUGCUUGUGACCAACACAAAGAUUCUCGAUAAACACACACACACACACACUCUCACUCGCUAGUGCCUACACACACGCGCACACUUGCACACACACACACACACACACACACACACACAAUGGAUGUCAGAGUUGUAGUGAUGAUGCUUUUCCUAAUCGUGAUUACAAAGGAUUCCAAGACUGAAGCGAAGCCCAUCAGCCUGUUGGAGAGGUGCUGGUGCCGCUCGACGCUCAACACGGUGCCACAGAGAAACAUCCGCGAGAUCAAGUUCCUCCACACACCCCACUGCCCUUUCCAAGUCAUAGCCAAGCUGAAGAACAAUAGGGAGGUCUGCAUCAACCCCAAGACCAAAUGGCUGCAGCAGUAUCUGAGGAACGCCAUUAACAAGAUUAAGAAGGCAAAACGGCGGGGAGAGUGAGGAGAGCCGGCAUGUGUCUCUGACCUCUGUAUUAUGUGUGCACCUCUCUCUCUAUUUCUCUCACACACACACACACACACACACACAGACACACACACACAUCAUCUGUCCCUGUGUGGACUGCUUGCACAAACAGCACUUCGCCUCCAAAUGCCUUUGUUCCUGCACCCGAAGCCAACCACACACACACUCACACACACACACACACGGCACCAUUUUGCCAUUGUGAGAUUUCGGGCUUGUGCAGGUGUGUAUGCUGAACUGAACUGAACCGAACCGAACUGAGUGGCUGAAUGUGGAUAAAAAUAUUUUUGUGUGUUUUCUAUAUGCAUUCGCUUUGUGCCUUUGUUUUUUUUUUUAAUAAUAAGUUGCUGAUCAGUGUUGUGGUGAAUAAGAAGGAAAAAGUGAGAGCGUGAGAACACGCUUAAAACUAACGUCGAAAUGUCAAAAGUUUUCUUCAGGCGCUAUGACGCUAAUGUAGCUAACGCAUAUAAAAGUUACAUUAGCUACACGGAUGCCGCAAUCAUCUAUAAAAUUGGAUAAACCCAGGCUGAGAUAUUGGGCGUGGAUUCGGAGCUAUUCUUUGUGAGAAAUGAUUCAGCUAAACUGAUAGCUAUGUUAGCCUUGUAGCUCAAACUAAAAAGGUGUGAAAUUAAGAGCCAUUUUUUUUCCUCCCAAAUCUGCUCAAGAGAGUUGAUAAGGGCUUCGUUCGAUGUUGUUUCACGACACUUUCAGCGACUUCGAUAAGAUUCUACUUUGUUUUUCGAUGUUGCCUCGAAGAGUCACAGGAUGAUCUUCCAUGCACUGGCAUAGCUACCGGUAGCUUAGUUUUGCUAACGCUUUCUCCGACGCCGCAUUUACGUUCAUAAACCGUUCAGACUGUUAGCUUUUUGUGAACUUGUGAAAUACAGCCUUACGCUUUCAAGCUCUGAGAAGUAAGAGGUCAAACACUCGGGGUGCUGACACUGGAGAUUCCUUUCGUAAAACGUCGAGUCAACAGAAUUUCCUCACAGAAAACGUCACUAACUUGACAAUUACACAAAUUAUUUCCAGAAUAUAAUACGAGUCCAUGUGUAAGUUGUUAAUGCAGAAAUGAUGACGUUUUAGGUAACAAUAAAUGUCCUGACCGAUCAGAAUCGAAUGAAAUAACAAAUAAAAAUGUAGUUUAUCUCAAAGGAGGCUUUACUGCGCUGAAAACAUGCUUAAAAUUAUUAUUAUUAUUAUUAUUAUUAUUAUUAUUAUUAUUAUUAUUAUUACGUAAAAGAUUUUAUAGAAAGUGUUAGCAGAUGUGGUUUUUUUUGCUAAAAAAAGAUUAUCAGGAAAUUUUUUCUUCAAUAAUGCAACUUUCACAUCAAUGCAAUCUUUCUUGGCAGCUGCUAGGUGUUUUUGUUUGUUUGUUUGUUUGUUUGUUUGUUUGUUUGUUCUUUUUUCCAACCUGUGCUUAUGAAAUAGCGCAUCUUCUUCCAGCCAGAGGUUUUAUUCUGUUGUCUUUGAAAGCCCGAACAUGAUGUUAGCUUGUGGUUUGUUGCAAAAGUGCGGGGUUGGAUCAGUAAAAGGAGACACAUUUAAAUAAAUAAAUAAAUAAAUAAAUAAUAAUCUGGUCUUGAAACAGAAUUAAUUUUGAAUGAGGAAUAGUGCUGAAAGAAAAAAAAGACAAAAAAUAUUUCUUCCAUACAUAUGUGAUAAACUGACUUUUUUUUUCACUGAUCCAACUUUUCACUUGAUUGUGAACUGUAUUACGAAUGCAUCAUAAUUAUGGACCAGAUUCAUCAGAUUCACAACCUGUAAAUAGAAAGGGAAUCAGGUGAUAUUUUAGCGUUUCUCGUCGAGAGAUUUCCGUAAUUAUGCACAUAUUUAGUAUCAUUUACUUAUUUACGGAUGUUAUUGUCAUUUUAAACUCGGUUUAUUUUCAUAUGAGGGACGUACAGUAUUGUGAUAUGAAAUCAUACGACUCAUGAGGGAACUAAAAAAAAAAAUCUAAUGACACAUUUCCAGUGUAAUAUCUGUUACCCCGCCCGAUGACGAGCAACUCUUAAACCCCUGCUUAUUAAGUGUGCAACUGUAACAGGAUAAUAAUACUACUAAUAACAUCUGGAUGUGAUUUCCAAUGGAAUGAAACAUGUGCUUUUUAUCAGGCCAAUACAAUAUGCACUUCACUGCUGAGUUUUAUUUUUAUUUUUUUACUUUUCUAUUAAAACCACUUUCACCUCCAGGGACUGAACUGUAAAACAUGAACUGUUUCGGAGGAAAAUGUAUCCACUAUAUCCUUUUACGAAAUUUAUUAGUCAUUUUUAGAGGUUCUUGUUCCUGAGGCGCCAAUUUUGACCCAAAAGGAUUAGCGGAAAAUUUAACAUAAUUUUUUUACAUAAAAACAAAACUCUUCACAUGAAUUUCUCAUUUAUUUUGGCUGACUUUCCCACCAAACAAUUACAUUUGGAUUGAUUACAAUUACGAUUCACUUUCAAAUGAAUGCAUUUUAAAUGUCAACACUUUUUGUAAUGUAGGUAGAAGCGUUACUUUUUUUUUUUUUUUUUUGCCACAAACAGCAUGAAACCCUACAUGCUUCCCAGAGACUUCCACUUUUGAUAAAACAACAAACAAAAAACAAACAAACGUACAUCUUACAGAAGGAAUUACUCAAUUCAUGUUUCAUUCCCAUGAACAGAAAUUUAAAAUAUAUAAAAUGUAUUUUUUAACUAUAAAAUUUAAAUGAAUGAACUGAUUUUGUGUAAAAAAAAAAAACCCUUUAAAAAUCUUCUGGUGUUAGAGAAAGUCAUUAUUUAUUCUACAUUUUAACAGGUAACAUUUGGGCCUCGUUUACUGAUGUUUUUUUUUUUU